AUGGGCUCUAAAAAUACAAAGGAGUGUGGAAUAAUCAUUGAGGAAGUUCACUACAAGCCAGUUAAAACUUCAAAAAAGAAUAGGGAAGAAGAGGAAUCUUUAGUUGAAAAGACUAGGGAUGAAUGGACAGAAGAUGAUAAGAGAAUGUUCUCUUGUAAUACUAAAGCUAUGAAUUUCUUGUACUGUGCUUUAAGUAGAUCAGAAUAUAAUCAUAUUUCUGCAUGUGAAUCUGCUAAACACAUUUGGAGAAUGUUGGAGGUAAAACAUGAAGGCACUGAUCAGGUAAAAGAUUCCAAAAUAAACAUGCUUGUGCAUGACUAUGAAUUGUUCAAAAUGGAAUCAGGUGAAAGUGUUUCUAAUAUGUAUGGUAGAUUGAUUAACAUUGUGAAUGAUUUAAAUGGUCUUGGCAAAGUCUAUUCUAGUGCUGAACAGGUACAGAAGAUACUAAGGUCACUACCAAAAGAAUGA